CUCUUUUUGAUAUGUCUGAUUAGAUUAUUUUCCCAAAAAAGUCCAGCUCUCUCUCUCUCUAUCUGUAUACAAUUUUCUUCGUCUCUCUAUCCUGCAAGAUAAACCACUUCUGAUCUGAAGACUAAUAAAGUCUGAAGCUUGGUUGCGUAACAUGUCGGUGACAGCUCGUAUGAUUGUAAAGUAGAUUGCUUUAGGGGUUUUUUUCGAUUAUCUGAUUCAUUUAUCAAUUCGAUCGGAGAUUAAAGGUUACUUAGAGCUCGAGUUCGUUCUUCUUCAUUGAAUUGAAUUGAAUUGGGGUUAGAUUAGAUACACAGAAUAAAGGGAAAAAAAAAAGGUUACUUUUUGGUUGGAGAUAAAUGGAUCGAGUGGUUGGUGGCAAGUUCAAGCUUGGUCGAAAGCUUGGAAGUGGAUCCUUUGGUGAAAUCUUUCUAGGGGUGAAUGUACAAUCUGGAGAUGAAGUUGCUGUUAAGCUCGAACCUCUUAGAAGUAGGCAUCCUCAGCUUCAUUACGAGUCAAAGAUUUAUAUGUUUCUCCAAGGAGGAUCUGGUAUUCCACACCUUAAAUGGUUUGGUGUUGAGGGUGAAUACAACUGUAUGGUGAUCGACCUUCUUGGUCCUAGUCUGGAGGAGUUUUUCAACUAUUGCAGCCGAUCUUUCUCUCUAAAGACUGUUCUAAUGCUCGCUGAUCAGAUGUUAAACAGAGUCGAGUAUAUGCAUAUACGAGGCUUUCUCCAUCGUGAUAUUAAGCCUGAUAACUUUCUGAUGGGCGUUGGCCGCAGAGCAAACCAAGUUUACAUCAUUGACUAUGGCUUAGCAAAAAAGUAUAGAGAUCUUCAAACACACAAACAUAUUCCUUACAGAGAAAACAAGAAUCUUACAGGAACGGCUCGAUAUGCAAGUGUUAACACUCAUCUCGGAAUUGAGCAAAGUAGGAGGGAUGAUCUGGAGUCUCUUGGCUAUAUGCUUAUGUAUUUUCUCCGAGGAAGCCUUCCAUGGCAAGGCCUUCGUGCAGGAACCAAAAAGGAAAAGUAUGACAGGAUCAGUGAAAAGAAAAGACUCACACCAGUCGAGGUCCUCUGUAAAAGCUUUCCACCUGAGUUCACUUCCUACUUCCUCUACGUGCGUUCGUUACGGUUUGAAGACAAACCAGACUAUUCCUACUUAAAGAGGCUUUUCAGAGACCUAUUCAUCCGAGAAGGUUAUCAGUUCGACUAUGUAUUCGAUUGGACUAUCUUGAAGUAUCCGCAGUUCGGGUCCAGCUCCAGUUCUAGUUCCAGUUCCAAGCCAAGACCGAGCCUAAGACCAGCUCUGAACAUUCCAGCACCAUCUGCUGAGAAAGUUGAAAAGCCUUCAAGUAAGCAUCUGAUUUCUUCAACUGGGAAAGAGACUCGAGAUAGAUACUCAAGUGUUUUCGAGGCAUACACUAGAAGAACUGGCUUAGGAACCGGCCUUCAAGCUGAUCGGUCUAGUAGACCGAGAACCUCAGAGAAUGUUCUUGCAUCUAGAGACGCGCUAAACCAGGAGAGAUCAAUGACUUCAUCUAGGAACCAGAGUUCUUCGAGAAAAGCAGUAGCGGGAUCAAGUGUUCGAGCUACUUCCUCAGCUGAUUUCGCAGAGAACCGAACCAGCAGCAGGCUCGUCCCAAGCAACGGUCGUUCCUCGACAACGCAGAGGACACAGUUUGCGCCUUCUUCUUCCUCAAAGGCUGCACCGUCGAGAAUUCCUCCUGACGUUACACUAGAGUUUCUCAGUAUUGGGAACGGGAAGAGGAAGUGAUGGAUGAUAAUUUAUUUAUCCAUCUUUUGUUUGACAAGUUAUAUUACCUUUCAUCCUCCUGGUUGAUUACACUGAUACAGUGUGGAUAUUAAUAUUUUCGAAUUAUGUUUUAUUAGCCGUAUAAACAACAUGGUAUUAAAUAUUAAUACUCAGCGUUAUAACUUAUUAUGCUUUAUUUCAUCUC